AAGAGCCCAAGCCAAACAUUAGUCUGAAACUGUACAGCCAACAAUUCUGCUACUUCAGUGGGCUUGCAAGAGCCCCUUCUGCGUGAUUCAUGAACAGUUUGGGGCAAAGGAGGGUUCUACAAUUGAUUAAUACAUAGCUAAUGACAUGUCGCUCUCUACUGAUUUCUCAGAAGAUGAUAUAAUCAGCAUUACAUUUGAAGUUUGUAGCACCAGAGAAACAGGAGUGGCACCUGCGUCUACUUUUAUAAAAUAUUUGGAGGGUGUGACUGGGCAUAGCCGUGACCACAGCAAACUUCUCUUGCUCUACGACAUGCUGGACCCUAAAAGACAAAAUAUUCUUGUUGACAAAGAAACUUUUCAUACUGUUAUGAAAAAGUGGAUUGCCAUCUGCUAUCAAGACUGCAUUUCAGAAAGUGAAUAUGAAAGAUACAGAACUAUGAGCAAUGGAAACAUUCAAUAUAAUGAUAUGAUGCCAUACUUAUCUGAUGAAGAUGCUGAGAUAUUUGAAGGAAGUGGUAAAGAUUCUGAAAUGAUAUGUGGCUUAAACAGCAGUAUAGAAGAAAUAAAAUAUACAAAUCAGAGAAUGGCUGAGCAAUUACAUGGAAUCCUGAAAGUAAUGGAAACAUCUGAGGAAACCUAUCUGCAAUUGACAGAUGAUAUUGCAGACCUGAGGGACACAGUAAAAAGCAUGGAGAAACCUCUAAGAAACUUCAAAAAUGUAUAUAAAGAACUUGAAGACACUAAGAGUAAAAUGGCAAACUUGCAUGAAGAGAAUCAUAUGAUCCGUGAAUGUGUCACCAGCCUGGUAUUACUCCUGAAGCAGAAGGCAAUUUUUGUUACUGAGAGUACUUCUUUGAGACUAUGAAUGCAGCAGACCAGUGGUUCCCCAAACUUUUUUGGACUAACGCCCCCUUUCCUUUUCUGUGACAACCCUAGCGCCCCCCCCCUUAUUUCUUGAUAUUAGGUUUACUAUACAUUGAAAACAACCAAUCUCAGUUGCUGCUCCUUUUGCUACUUGAUCAGCCAAGUAGCUGGCUGAGAAGUGACUGAGAAGCCUCUCGCCCAUGCCAGCUAGGUGUCACUAGGUGGUAUGGGGGUUCAGGCCACUGCAGGUGACACCAUAAGUGGGAUGAAACCAUAACAACCACUUUAGUAAUUCCACUGUUACUCCCUAAAUGUCUUCCUUUUUGGAAGAAAUGGGUGUAGCAUUAACCAACCUUGUAAGACAGAGGACGUGUGGCCAGAUAGUGUGGCAAAUGAGGCCUCUCCAUUCUCUGCCCACUGAGCUUCAAACAACCUCUGGGACAUCAGUUCUCAACUUGUGGAUCGCCUAAGACCAUCGUAAAACACAUAUUUCUGAUGAUCUUAGGAACUGAGACGAAAAUAAUUUUAUGGUUGGGGGUUACCACAACAUAAGGAACAGUAUUAGAGGUUCAUGGCAUUAGAAGGUUGAGAACCACUGCUCUGGGAGAAGGAGACAGGACAGGACUUCUAAUUUCUUCCAUUCUCCUGGUAUGGCCUGCCUCAUCCAUGAGAGGAAGCAACAGGCAGGAGAAACAAGGAGGAAGGAAGUGUAGUGAAGGCUGCUAUCUGUCAUUGACAGAAGAGCAUCCACCUUUGGGAGUGAAGAGCAGGGAGAAUCAAGGAAUUCUUCAUCAGCUAACUUGCAGAGCAAAGGAUUGUUGUUAUAUUGGGAGACAGCAGCCUCCAGCUUCUGGAGUGGAG